UGACAUUUUUAGGGAGUGGACAAUUUGGAAACGUAUGGCAAGGUGUAUGGAAUAACACAACUGAUGUGGCAAUCAAAGAGCUGAGCGGAGUGAGUUUAGAAUCAAAAAUAGAGUUCUUAAAGGAAGUUGAGAUCAUGAAGCAACUAAAUCAUGAAAAGCUGAUCAAGUUGUACGCUGUCUGCACUACGAAAGAGCCAUUUUGCAUUGUGUCAGAGUUAAUGAGGAUGGGAAAUCUGCACAAGUACCUACAAUCACAUUCAGAAACAAGAAACCUGCAGUUUUCCUUGAUGAUUGGUUUGCCAUGCAGAUUGCGGAGGGAAUGGCCUACCUGGAAGAAAAACAUUACAUUCAUAGGGACCUACGAACUGAGAACAUCCUCCUGACAGAAAUGAUGUCCUGCAAGAUUGCUGACUUUGGCCUUUCCAAACUGCUUAAGAACAAGUCAUACAGAUUAUCACAUGAUGCCAAAGUUCCCAUAAAAUGGAUGGCACCAGAAAUAUUCACUGACAAUAUUUACACCACCAAAUCAGAUGUGUGGUCUUUUGGAAUCCUUCUAAUGGAAAUCAUUGCGUAUGGAAAGGAACCUUUCCCAGAUGAUGAUAACACAAAUUAUGUCAAAGCUUUGAUAGAAGGAUCACACAUAACUCCACCUGCUGGUUGCCCAGAUGAUCUCGGUAAUAUUAUGCUUCAAUGCUGGAAGCAGAAGUCAGAGGAGAGACCGACAUUCAAUCAACUACAAGACAGACUAAUGGCAUGUAACCCAAUAGUGGACACUGAGGAGAUACUGUCAUCAGCAUAGGAAUUGAACAUUGAAAGGAUGGAGAAAUGUGCUUAAAUGUCCCGAAUAUUGUUAGAUUGAACUUAGUACAAAUUCUCCGUCAGUGACCACAAAUUGUGAACGUUUAUUGUGAACUACAUUGAUUAUGUGGCUUUUUUUUUCCAA